AUGGAAGGCUGGAGGGUGCGACAGUGGGCGGGGGACACCUCCCUGGUGACAGUGGCCCUCACAGUGGCUCUCCUGGCCGUCCUCAAAUGGUACUCCACAUCAGCAUUUUCACGGCUGAAGAAGUUGGGCAUCAGACAUCCCAAGCCUUCCCUGUUUAUUGGAAACUUGACGUUUUUCCGCCAGGGUUUCUGGGAAAGCCACCUGGAGCUCCGGAAGCGGUACGGCCCUCUGAGCGGGUACUAUCUUGGUCGUCGGAUGUUCAUUGUCAUUUCUGAUCCAGACAUGAUCGAGCAGGUGUUGGUGAAGAACUUCAGCAACUUCAGCAACCGAAUGGCACCGGGCUUGGAGUCUAAGCUGGUAGCUGACAGCAUCCUGUUCCUACGUGACAAGAGGUGGGAGGAGGUCCGAGGGGUCCUGACUCCUGCUUUCAGUCCAGAGAAGCUGAGCGAGGUGAUUCCUCUCAUCCGUCAAGCCUGUGACCUUCUCCUGAUGCAUCUAAAAUGCUACGCCGACUCUGGGACAGCUUUCGACAUCCAGAGGUGCUACUGCUGCUACUCCAUGGACUUGGUGGCCAGCGUCGCCUUUGGCACCCAGCUGGACUCGCAGGGGUCGCCGGAGCACCCCUUUGUGACCCACUGCAAACGUUUCUUCAGCACCUCCAUCCCCAAACCCAUCCUGGUUUUGAUCUUGUCAUUUCCAUCCCUGAUGGUCCCACUGGCCCGGAUUUUGCCCAAUAAGAACCGUGAGGAGCUGAAUGGCUUCUUCAACAGGCUCAUUAGGAAAGAGGCCGCCUUGAGAGACCAGCAGGCUGCAGGGGAGAGGAGGAAAGACUUCCUCCAGCUGAUCCUGGACACGCGCAGCGCUGGGAACUCCGUGGAGGUGGAGGACUUCGAUGUCGUCGGGCAAGUCUUCCCCUCGACCGCGUGCCUGGCGCCUCCUCCCGGGCUGCACGCACCCCAGGUGCUGUCGAAGCCCCUGACCAUGGAUGAGAUCGUGGGCCAGGCUUUCCUCUUCCUCAUCGCCGGCUACGAGAUUGUCACCAACACCCUCUCCUUUGCCACCUACCUCCUGGCCACCCACCCUGCCUGCCAGGAGAAGCUUCUGGAAGAAGUGGACCGUUUCCACGAGAAGCACGCUGAGCCCGGGUACCGCAGCCUACAGGACGACCUCCCCUACCUGGACAUGGUGAUUGCAGAGACCUUGAGACUGUACCCACCCGCUUUCAGGUUCACUCGGAAGGCAGCGAAGGACUGCGAGCUCCUGGGCCAGCCCAUCCCCGCUGGAGCAGUGCUAGAGAUUGCCGUGGGAGCCCUGCACCAUGACCCCGAGCACUGGCCAAGUCCUGAGGUCUUUGAUCCUGAGAGGUUCUUGGCAGAGGCGCAGCGGCAGCGGCGGCCCUUCACCUACCUGCCCUUUGGGGCGGGCCCACGGAGCUGCCUCGGGGUGCACCUGGGGCUGUUGGAGGUCAAGCUGGCUCUGCUGUCGGUGCUGCGUGCCUUCCGCUUCCAGGCCUGUGCCCAGACCCAGGUUCCACUGCAGCUGGAAUCCAAGUCCGCCCUAGCUCCCAGACAUGGAGUCCACAUCAAGAUUGUGACCCGCUGACCCCCUUGGAGACUGUCCCGCACCCCCAUCCCUGAGCGUGAUAGCAGGACCCAGAUGGGAGCCUGCAGGAACGAGGGUGUCGGCAGAGCCUUCUUCAGCUGAAUAAAUGUCUGUUUUUGCACUUGGCA